AAAGAAGGGGAAGAAGCACAAAAGCAGCUGAUUGUCAGUACCAUUUGCGGGAUUGUUAUCACCAAGAGCGGCUGUUGCGUAAUAAUUUAUUUGUUCACUAUAAAAGCAUUAUUUCCAAAAUGAAUUUUGCCGGCAAAGUUGUGCUUCUUACAGGUGCUUCCUCAGGCAUUGGAUACGCAACGGCACUCCAUUUGGCCAAAUUGGGAGCGAGUCUGUCUCUUACGGGACGCAAUGUAGAGAGUCUCAAGAGGUUGGAGAAUGAAUGUCCAAAGGUUGCUCCACAGAAACAUCUUCUAAUUCCCGGUGAUAUUACCGUUGAAAAGGACACGGAGAGGAUUCUUUCGGAAACAAUUAGCGCCUACGGCAAACUUGAUGUGCUCAUAAAUAAUGCCGGAAUUCUCGAGCCUGGUACCAUCGAGAAUACCAGUCUUGAGCAAUUUGAUCGUGUUAUGAAUACCAAUAUCCGCUCAAUCUACCAUCUCACUAUGCUGGCAACUCCUUAUCUCAUUAAAUCUCAGGGGAAUAUCGUCAAUGUAUCCAGCGUGAACGGCAUUCGCUCCUUCCCCGGCGUACUGGCUUACAACAUCUCCAAGGCAGCUGUGGACCAAUUCACGAGGUGUGUGGCACUGGAGCUGGCGUCGAAGAACGUCCGCUGCAAUGCCGUCAAUCCGGGAGUGACCGUGACGAAUCUCCACAAGCGCAGCGGUAUGACCAAUGAGGCAUAUGAGAAAUUCCUCGAGCACUCUCGGAGUACGCACGCCCUUGGACGGCCCGGAGAUGUCAAGGAGUUGGCACAAACCAUUGCUUUUCUGGCCAGUGAUCAGGCAUCAUUCAUCACUGGGGCUUCACUACCUGUGGAUGGAGGGCGUCAUGCCAUGUGUCCAAGAUAAAAAUUUUAAUUGUGUGUUGUCUCCAUAAAAUCCAAAAACGUGCCUUAUAAAUGCAUUUCUCAAAAUUUAUCUUUUAUACAAAAAAAAUUGCAAUAAAGCUAAAAUGAAAAUGAACAAAAAAA